CGCAGAAAGGAUAAGAAACAGAGUGAUCCCGCCGUUCCGUUUCUUCAGCUGUUUCGCUUUGCCGAUGCCACCGACCGUCUUCUUAUCGCGCUGGGAGUUAUUACCAGUAUGGGCAUCGGUGCCCUCAUUCCGAGCGCCGUCCUGGUGCUUGGAAGCUUCUUGGGCAGCGCCAGCAGCCUGGCUGCGUCGCCGAGCCUCCCGGCCGGAUCCCACAUGGACGCAAUUGACCCGCAGCCCAUGUACAACAUCAUCCUGAUCUUUGUGUAUUUUGCGAUCGCGAUGAUGUUCUGCGGGUACUUCACCCAAGUCUUCUGGGUUAUUGCCGGUGAAAACCAGACCCGUCGUAUCCGUCGGCUAUUCGUGCGCUGCGUCUUGCGCCAAGAUAUGGGCUGGUUCGAUCUGGCCGGCGAGGGUUCGCUCACAACUCGCCUCGCUCAAGACACUCAGCUCAUCCAGGAUGGCAUCUCGGAGAAGGCCGGAAUGUGCAUACAGUCCGUGAGUCAGUUCGUAACAGGAUUUGUCAUUGCAUUUACCAAAGGACCAAAACUCGCCGUGAUUCUGCUUGCGGCUCUCCCGCUCCUUGGCAUCGUCGGCACUUUGAUGGUUCGCGCGAUCAGCAAGUUCACCGGAAAGGGCCAAGAUGCUUAUGCCGGUGCAGGCGCAAUCGCUGAGCAAGUGUUCUUUGGUAUUCGCACUGUCUACUCGUUCUCCCUCCAGAAGCGGUUUUCUGACAAGUACGAAAAGGCUCUGGAGCAAGCCUUCAUCACGGACUACAAGAAGGGCCAGGCAUUGGGAACGGGAUUCGGCUCGUUUAUGCUUGUCAUGUUUUCCACUUAUGCUCUGGCCUUUUGGUAUGGAUCCAAGCUCGUCCUCAACUCGGAAAUGCAGGGACAAGAUGUCUUGGUUGUGUUCUUCUCGAUGAUCAUGGGCGCCAUGGCCCUGAUCAUGCUCCCAACAAACCUGUCGGCCGUCUCCAAUGCCCGUGGUGCUGCCUUCAAGAUCUACGCCAUCAUCGACCGUGUUCCCACCAUCGACUCGCUCUCGACCGAGGGAAAGAAGCCCGCCGAAGUCACCGGCUUUAUCCAGUUCAAGGAUGUCCACUUCACCUAUCCCUCCCGCCCGGACACCAAGAUCCUCCACGGCCUCACUCUCGACAUUGAAUCUGGCAAGACCGUGGCCUUUGUGGGGCCGUCCGGGUCGGGCAAGUCGACGAUUGUGCAGCUGAUCCAGCGAUUUUACGACCCCUCCGCCGGCGACGUCGUCCUCGACGGAAACAACCUCAAGGACCUCAACGUCUCGUGGCUGCGCCAGCACAUCGGAAUCGUCGGCCAGGAGCCCGUGCUGUUCAACACCUCCAUCAAGCAAAACAUCCUCAUGGGUGCCAUCGAGGAGGUCACCGAGUCGCAGCUGAUUAACGCCUGCAAGAUGGCCAACUGCCACGCAUUCAUCACAAAGCUCCCUCAAGGCUAUGACACCUCGGUCGGCGAACACGGCGGCAUGCUCUCUGGCGGCCAGAAGCAGCGCAUCGCCAUCGCUCGUGCUCUGAUCAAGAACCCCCGGAUCCUGCUGCUGGACGAAGCCACCUCGGCCCUCGACACCCAGUCCGAGCGCAUCGUGCAGGAGGCCCUCGACAACGCCUCCAAGAACCGCACGACGAUCGUGAUUGCGCACCGGCUGUCGACGAUCCGCAACGCCGACGUGAUCGUCGUCCUUGACCAUGGAGUGAUAGCCGAGAUCGGCAACCACAGCGAGCUGCUCAAGAAAGGCGGGGUGUAUGCCGGGCUUGUCGAGAAGCAGCGAAUCAAGAUGGAAGUCGAAACCACCCUCGCGAAGAACCUCAGCGGCUCCAAGGACUCUGGCAUGAACAAACAACAGGAAGGAAUUGUUGAGGAAAUCGAGGUCGAGAAGCAGGCCGAUACUGUUCCCCAAAAUGUUGUCGAGUCUGUCAAGGACGAAAACGGUCAGGUUGUCGAGACUCGCCUUGUUUUGGAUACGCACGAAGCACACCGCCAGGCUCUCAAGGCCGAAAAGGACCAAAAGAAGAAGGAGCUCGAUGCUCUCAAGAAGCAAGACGCCCCGAUUUGGCGCGUCAUUGAGAUGAUGAAGCCUGAAUGGGGGUACCUUGCCAUUGGCAUUAUCGGAGCACUUGGUGCUGGAACGGUGUUCCCAGUGUUUGCUCUGAUCUUCUCGACCGUCAGCAUCAUAUUGCUUGAUCCAUCCGAGAUCGAUCCCGGACCAUUCCAAGGCGCCAACCUGUACUCAUUUUUGUUCUUGAUCAUCGGUUUCGUCGCAUUUCUGUCCUACAACCUGCAAUUUUAUGGGUUCGAAAAAGCCGGCGCAGCCAUGUCCCGUCGCAUUCGUAUUAUGACCUUCAAGGCUAUGCUCCGCCAGGAGAUUGGGUAUUACGACGAAGAAGGCCACGGCGUCGGCGCUCUCACAUCGAAAUUGGCGGUGGAUGCAUCCAAAGUUGGCGAACUCGUUACAAAGGUCUGGGGAGACGUCGCCCAGCUCAUCAUCACAGCCCUAUGCGGACUCUUGAUUGCCUUCAUCAAUUCCUGGCAGCUCACCCUGAUCGUGUUGUGUGCCACACCGUUCCUUGCGAUCGGCUCCUUCUUUGAAGUCCGCAGCCGCCGUGGAUUUGAAGAUGCAUCCAAGAAGGCUUAUGAAGAAUCCGGAGAAAUCGCUGCCGAGGCGUUCAAAGAAAUCCGUACCGUUGCCGCGUUGUGUCGACAAGGCUAUUUCGAGGACAAGUACGACGCCAGCAUUGAUCAUCCACACAAGCUCGCCUUGCGAAAGGCCCAGGUCUCGUCCCUUGGAAACGGAUCCAACCAGGCAGCUUCCCAGCUUGCGAACGCUCUUGGCUUCUAUGCCGGCAUCCGUCUCGCUCUGGCAGGCAUCAUCGACUUCAAGCCUGUGUUUACUGUUCUGAUGGCCGUCAUGAUCACCGCACAAGGCCUCGGUCGCGCAUCCAAUUUCGUGGCCACGUAUACGGCGGCAAAGGUUGCUGCCAUCAGCACAUUCGAGCUCCUCGAUCGCGAGACUUCUAUUGACCCAGACAAACCGGGUCUCGAGGUGGAUAAAAUCGACGGAGCCUUUGAAUUCAAGAACAUCGAGUUUCGCUAUCCCGCCCGCCCGCUUCAGGCCAUCUUUGAAGGCAAGUUCAACCUCAAGGGCGAGAAGAACACCACUGUCGCCUUUGUCGGCCCCUCUGGCUGCGGAAAAUCCACCACUAUCGGCAUGCUCCAGCGUUGGUACGAUGCCGCUGCGGGCGAGGUCUUGGUCGACGGCAGGAACGUAAAGGAAUACCAGCUCCACAAUCUGCGCAAGCACAUGGCCCUGGUCGGCCAGGAGCCCGUCUUGUUCGACAUGACCAUCAAGGAAAACAUCCUGGCCGGAACCACACGAACCGAUGUCACGGACCAAGAGAUUGAAGAAGUUGCUAAGAUGGCGAACAUGAUGGUGUUCAUUGGAGAUUUCCCGGCACGCUUUGAUACUCGAGUUGGCGACAAGGGAUCGCAGCUCUCUGGCGGUCAGAAGCAGCGAGUCGCCAUCGCACGCGCCCUGAUCCGCAAUCCCCGCUUCCUGCUCUUGGACGAAGCAACGUCAGCCCUGGACUCUGAAUCCGAGAAGCACGUACAGCAGGCAAUCGACAACGCCAUCAAACAAGGCGGCCGCACCACAAUCACGAUUGCACACAGGCUCUCCACCAUCCAGGACGCCAAUAUGAUUGUCGUUAUUAAAGACGGAGAGGUGGUCGAGAAGGGCACCCACUUUGAACUCCUGGCUCUCAACGGAAUCUACAAUGCUCUCGUGAAGCAGCAGGAUCUCAACGCCACGUAAAUCCAUUCGCCAUUGGUUCCGGCUCACCCCUCCUGUGUUCAGAGACGAAAUUGCCGAAUCUCAUUAUUCGUUAUAAUCAUUAUUAUUGGUCAGUGGGUACCACUUCGCCUAUCA